UUCUCUCCUCUGACAGUUAGCACUUAGCCGGCUAGCUCUCCAUGCUAACGCCCGCUAGCAGAGCUCCGUAGCGGCCGUGGAGGUGUGUGUGUGUGUGUCCGUGUAUACUACCCCCUCCCCGGAUACAAGGGGAUGGCCUCCCGCCUCCACCCGGAGAGUCUUGUUGAAUCGAAGUGGUGGAAAGCGGUGCAGCCCGGGCUGUGCACAGAGGACGAUGUUUGUUAGGUAGUGCCUAGUAGGAACUGAUUAGGGACUGACAGUUCAGGCAACACCUAUUGUACUUUAUUCAUUUUGGGGGAUUGCAACACGACGACUGCCACUCUGGAUCAAGAAAACCUGCCCCUCGUGUCCGGUUGGAGUAACACUCUUAAGCCAAAAUCAAUGCCUUCGGCGCUGGCCGUGUUCGCCUGCCGACCCAACUCGCACCCAUUCCAGGAGCGGCAUGUGUACCUGGAUGAGCCGGUCAAGAUCGGCAGGUCGGUGGCUCGGUGUCGGCCUGCCCAGAACAACGCCACCUUUGACUGCAAGGUGCUGUCGAGGAAUCAUGCCCUGGUUUGGUUCGACCACAAGACCGGCAAGUUCUACCUGCAGGACACUAAAAGCAGCAACGGCACGUUCAUCAACAGCCAGAGGUUGAGUCGCGGCUCGGAGGAGAGUCCGCCCUGCGAGGUCCUCUCCGGCGACAUCAUUCAAUUCGGCGUCGACGUCACUGAGAACACACGCAAAGUCACCCAUGGCUGCAUCGUGUCAACAAUCAAACUCUUCCUACCUGAUGGGAUGGAGGCACGCCGACGAAGCGAUGUCAUCCAGGCUCCGUUACCACUACCUGUAGACAAGGUUGCAGCCAACACUCCCAGUAUGUAUUCUCAGGAACUGUUCCAGCUCUCCCAGUAUCUACAGGAGGCCUUACACAGAGAGCAGAUGUUGGAGCAGAAGCUAGCCACUCUGCAGCGUCUGUUAGCCAACACUCAGGAGGCCUCAGAGAGCAGCUGGCAGGCGCUGAUCGAUGAAGACCGUCUGCUCUCCAGACUGGAGGUGAUGGGCAGUCAGCUACAGGCUCACUCUAAGUCCCAGACGGAGGAGGGGAUCCGUAAGGAGCUCUUGGCUCUUCAGGAGGACAAACACAACUACGAGACGACGGCGAAGGAGUCUCUGAGGAGAGUCCUGCAGGAGAAGAUCGAGGUGGUCAGGAAGCUGUCAGAAGUGGAGCGCUCGUUGAGUAACACGGAGGACGAGUGCACCCACCUGAAGGAGAUGUCUGAACGGGGCCAGGAGGAGCUGAGGGAGCUCGCCAACAAGUACAACGCCGCCGUCAACGAGAUCAAAGAGCUCACCGACAAAAUUAAGGAGGCGGAGGGCCGACAAGAAGAGCUGACCCAGCGGGGAGCGACUGAGAAGAGGGAGUUGGAGCUGCGGAUCGAGGAGAUGGAGGAGAAGGAGCAGGUUCUCCAGGCUCGCAUCGAAGCUCUGCAGGCCGACAACGACUUCACCAACGAGAGGCUCGCCGCCCUGCAGGUGCGGUUAGAACAGCUGCAGGAGAAAAGCAUUAAAGAAAACAACAGCCUGGAUGUCGACAUGGUCUCCCACGGACCAGUAGAGGAACCUGUCGAGGACAAACAGAGCCUGCAGACACCUGAGAGCCAGGAGGAAGACGAGGAUGAUGAGGAUACAGACACCGAUGACGGUGCUUUUGGUGGAGAUGAAGAUAUUGAUGACAACUGUCAUGUUAACAACAGCGGAGGAGACUCGACUAGAAUCCAACAGUUGAUUGAGUGUCCGCCGGUCAAACAGCUGAAGGAGACUGUGAGUUCUUCAAUCCACAAACUGGCCAACUUUGAGGAAGUGAUGGACGCCCACCUACAGAACAACCAGACGGCAGAAGACGACAUCUUGGCCAGCCCUGAUCGACUCAAAGGCAUUCAGAUGGAUGCCAAAGAGUCAGACAUGUCCGACACUCUGAGUCCCAGCAAAGACCGCAGCAGUGACGACACGUCAGACGGCAACAUGGACGACCAGGAGCUGAACGAACCACAGAACAGAGUAGCUCUGCUCAAAGCUGAGUUGCAUCGGGCCGGUCUAGAGCCUGGAGACACGGAGCAGGUCAUCCACCACCUCCACAGAGAGCUUCUGGACGCCCAGGAGUUAGCCAACACUGGGAAGCAGAGAUGUCUGGAGCUGCAAGCUCUGCUUGAGGAGGAGAGGAGGAGUAACUCUCAGCAGACUGAGGAGUCGACCAAACAGAUCCAGUACCUGCAGACUCAGCUUGGGAAGCUGCAGGCCGACAUGGAGGCACUGAGGGAGCAGAGGGAGAGCACCAUCUGCACCACCAGAGAGGAGCUCUACUGCGCCCAGGAGGAGAUUCUGGUCCUGCGGCACGCCAUGGAGGCAGCCACGGCGGAGCGGGAGCGUGAGAUCACCGCCCUGCAGGCCGACCUCGGCAGCGUGCGGUCCGAGCUGGAGCGCUGGAGGGACACGGCGGCCAAGUACGAGAUGGAGAUCAGCCGGCUGCAGGAGGCCUUCACACAGCAGCAACACCAACAGAGCACCGCCAACCAGCUGCAGGCGGAGUGUGUUACGUUGCAGCAGCGGUGUGUGUGUUUGCAGCAGGACUGUGACGGCCUGAGAGGUGAACGAAAAGCUCUAACGGACAAACUGCACCGCCUGGAGAACGAGCUGAGCAGCACCAGAGAGCAGAGUCUGGUCCUCAGCAGCAGUCUGGAGACUCUGGAGAAGAGGGAGGGGGUUCUGCAGGACAAACUGGGUUCUUUGGAGAAUCAACACCUGCAGGACGCAGGCAACCUGAAGAGCCAGCUGGACCAGGCCCAGGCCCACACACACACACUGCAGAGAGAGUAUGAAGACACACAGUCCCAGCUGCUGGACCUCCGUCAGCGCUUCGAGAGAACGGAGAAGGAGAAGCUGAACAUCCACCAGGAGCUAGAGCAGUGCAGGAGCAGCCUGAAACUGCUGCAGGACAAGACCAGCUCCAGCGGCUGGGGCCCCUGGAUGCCGGUCAUCGCAGUGAUGGUCGCCGUGACGGCAGCCGUCCUCUACCCGAACCUCUCCAAGAGCAGCUCCGCCUAGGACACGCACACUCACACACACACACACCUACACACACACAGAGCGCUGUGAGGAGAGCAUCACUGCUUUACUUGUAUAAAGUCUAAUUGUACAUAAUUGUAGAGGGAAUAUAAAGGUUGUGGUUUCUACAGAGGAUUCAGAAGCUUCUUGGUUUAUUUUGUUUUUGUGUUGUUUUUUUUUUCUGCGUCGGGGAGUUUUGUUGUUUUUAUUCUCUGCUCUCUCUCGGCUGCGGUGGGGGCUUUUUUUGUUUGUUUGUUUUCCGUCACUCUGCUGAUUUCUGGGUAAACACGGCGUUCUCCAGCAGGCCGAGCUUCCACAUAAAAAAAAACACCUGCCGGAGGUCAAGUUCACGUCCGGUCCCACCGUCAGCGAACGCAACACUUUCCAUCAGCCUCGGACUCCUCACAUGAUCCAGUCAUCAGGUCUGAUGUGUGCCUCCUGGUCUCCAUAUUCAGAUGUAAUUUGCUUAUUGAAUUCUGCAUGAAUCACCUGUAGGAUUACUUUUUGAUUGGUGCCACUGUAUUCCCCCCAAAAUUGCAUAUCUCCUUUUUUUUCUUGUCAGAACAAAAUACAUUUAUAUAUAAAAAAAAAAAAAAGAAUAAUUAAUUUGGCAAACCAGAUUAUAAUUUAAUUUAAUUUAAUUUGUUUGAUGAUAUGCGCCACUGAAGCUCUUAAAACUCUAAUGCUAACAGCUCUAAUGAUUUUGAAUCUGGAGGCUGUUUAGAGGUCAGUCUGUCAAAACCAAGUUUUAAUAACUUUAAUAUUCCAGUUAAUGUUCUGCCUUCAUGGUGCAUAUUCUUUUAACAAAUAUGUGUUAUGGCAAACUAUCAAAAAAAUGAAAUCACUUCCUGCACCAGGUUUGUUGUAUUUCAGUUUAAGAGAAUAAACUAAAUCUACAUGUAAGAACUCCGUCUGCUGGAAAGUGUUCCCGUUCAGGUGGUUUACAGGACGUCCUGCUAACAGUGUUUUCCUCUGUUUUGUUUUUCUUUCUGUUUGUUGGGGGGGGGGGCAGUUUUGGGGGUCGGGGUUAAAAACUUGAAGCCAAAUUAUUCAAAAAUGAAAAUCUGAUUUAUUUUCUGUUUGUUUUGUUUUCUUUCCUGUUUUUGGGGCACAGAAAAGAGGCUCAAAGUGCCUCUGAUGUAACUAACAAACACCACAGUUUGUGUUUGUGUGCCGACACACACACACACACACACACACACACACACACACACACACACACACACGGUUUGAUCGACUGCUAGAGGUCUGUCCGUGUGGAGAGAAGCUGAACGUUGGUGAUCCUCGAUGUCUUACUAGAUUUUUUUUCCUGAACUUUGAACUUCUUUUCUGCUCGUUUCCUCGACACCUGAGCUGACUCUUUUCUGCUGAAGAAGCCUGUGAGAUGGUGGUUGAAAGCUCAGGAAAUGUCUAGUGAGUGGACCUUGAUUUGAGAUUAUUUUGUCAAAUUAUUAUCGGGGCCUCACCAGAACCGUUCACAUCAACUGUAAGAUUAUUUUUUUGAGCCACUGUUGUCAAGAAGAAAAUCUACUUUCAAAUUACAAAUUGUCCUUCUUGUAAACCCUAAUAGUAUCAACGUUAAAGACGUAUUUAUCAGACAAGCUCUUAUUUUUGUAAAAUCUUUGAUGUAUUUAAAGUUGGUGCUUGGUAAUUGUCAAAAAGUGAAAUAUGGACACCAAACAGUAAAUCAGAUUUAGGGAACAAUAUUGCUAUUCUACGGGGAUUUUUGCCCCGCUAGUGUUUAAAUGUAAUAAUAAAAAAGUAAUCUCCAGUUUUCAUCCAUCAGAAAAUGUUUAAAAUGAUCAGCUUCUCUCUAAACGAUCUUAAAACACCUCAGGCCUCCUGCUGAAACCUGCUUUUUCAGAUGUGUGUGUGUGUGUGUGUUGGUUCACACUCCGGACUGUCAGUCAUCGUUCGUGUACUCUGUCUCGUCUCCGUGUUUAAAAAUACAUAAGUAAAUAAAUAAAAAAGACAACGAACAAAAUAUUCCUGAUGUUUAAAGAGAAAACACUACAGUACAGAGAGAGAACUGUAAAAUAAAGAUGUUAUUGAAUGAUGUGCUACUAGACUUAUUUUGUUAAAACUGUUUAGAGGUAUGAGAGGGAGCUACGUAGGGGUUGUGAUGAAGAUGAUGAUGAUGACGAAGAUGUAUUGAAUAUGCAGAGCAGAUGUUUGGAUUAAAGUUGUAGCAAGCUGACCCACCAAA